ACCCCCCCGCAAAAAAAAACAGCCGGCACGUCGGAAGCAUGUAACGCGGUUGCCGUGGUUACUGUCGCACCGGAAGCCGUCCGUUGGCUUUGGUCGAUGGCCGCUCUCGAUCCCCGCGUCCCGGCCGCUCUGGCCUCGUUCCUCUCCGCGACGCUUCCUCGCGGCUUCGCCGUGGGCCCCUCGAGGCUCUGCGGGGGCAGAAUGGGGCUGUGGUGGGUGGGCCGCUCGCUGGAGGCCGGGUCCCUGCUGGGGAGGGAGGGGGACACGGAGUGGGCCCCCGAGGGUCACCCCGAGCCGGUGACCCCAGACCCUGAACCCAAGAAGAACCCGGAAUCCGAAACUUGUCCGACAGACGCAGAGAAGGCGCUGAUGGAGAUGAUGGCAGCGAGAGAAGACGAAGCUUCACUCCAACGAGGCGUCUGGAUCAAAUUUGCCUGCCGGGUGCGCAGCAGAGCCCAGCAGAACGUGUCUGCGCAGUGCGCCUGUGGAGAGUCGUGCGCGUCCUCGUGCGGUGACGCUCGUCUGCGUGUGCGUCGGGACAUCCGGCCGGGAACGGAGCUGCUGCUGUACGGAAGCGACGCCGCGGGGGGAGGUCCAACAGAGGACACCAGACACACAGAUAUCGAGGUGAAGCACGGAACAAACAUUUCUAUCGUUCAGGAGACGGCGGAGGAAGAAGAGGAAGAAGAGGAGGAAGAGGAAGAAGAAGAGGAGGAGGAAGAGCGACACAGAUGCACAAAGAGGGAUCGUCCAACCGACCCCCGGAGGAACCGGAGGGCCAAGAAACCGCGGCACGGCGUCCCGGCUGCUGACAGACAGACAGACUGUGAACCCAAAGACACACAGGGGGCCCUGGGGGGCCACGGGGGCCCCUCCGGGUCGACCCCCGUCCGCUGCAGCUCCCGCCUGGCGGCUAAACCGCGACGCGUUCACCGGCCGACGGGCCGCGGGAAACGAGCGCCCGCCUGCCCCGACCCGACGGAGGCCGCCGCCACCGGCACCACCGCCGCCACCACCGCCACCGCCACCGCCGCCGUGUGUCUCACAGAGGAGGCGGCGGCCUCCUUGAAGAUCUCGGGGCCCGACGACGAGAAGGCGGCGGCGGCGCUUUCGUGGGAGCCGGAAAUCAGAGAGCGGCGGUUCAGAUGCUCCAGCUGCGGGAAGAAGUUCUACCAGAUUGGACACCUGAAGAAACACCAGUUCAGCCACACGGAGGAGAAACCCUUCAGCUGCAAGGAGUGCGGGAAGAACUACACCUCCGCAGAAAGCUUCAGAGCCCAUCAGAUGAGUCACCGCGGCGUGCGCCCGUUCUCCUGCCCCCACUGCGAGAAGACCUACGGCAUGAAGCGGGACCUCAAGGAGCACCUGGUGCUGCACACCGGGGAGAAACCCUACGUCUGCGAGCACUGCAGCAAGGCGUUCGCUCGCCGGCCGUCGCUGCGCAUCCACCGCCUCCUCCACUGCAGCAGGAGGACCGCCACUCAGCCACCGAAGGUGCAGUGCACGGUCUGCACGAAGCUGCUGGCGAACUCCGGCUCUCUGAAGAACCACAUGAUGCUCCACACGGGAGAGAAACCGCACGUCUGUCAGCACUGUGGGAAGUGCUUCAGUCAGAAAGGGAACCUGGAGUCUCACGUGAGGACCCACAACGGGGAGAAGCCGUAUCCGUGCGGCGAGUGCGACCAGAGCUUCUCCCAGAAGCCGGACCUCCGGCGGCACAUGUUCUCCCACACGGGCGGAGGCUUCCUCUGCAGCUACUGUGGGAAAUCCCUGAUGGACCCCCACAGCCUGAAGUCCCACGAGAGGCUGCACACCGGAGAGAGACCGCACCGCUGCCCCGUCUGCGGGAAAGGCUACACGUUGGCCACCAAGCUGCGGAGGCACAUAAAGUCGGCCCACUUGAUGGAGAAGCCCUACAGCUGCCACUGCGGCGCUUCAUACACCGUCAGGCAAAGUCUGCUGAGGCACCAAGCUCAGCACCGGGCCGAGGGAGGAAGGAAGGAGGAGGAGGAGGCGGAGCAAGGACACAGAGAGGAGGCGCAGGAGGCCUCCGGUCACACGAAGCCCAUCCGAGGACGACCCAAGAAGAGCUCGCUCCCUCAGGGGUUCGGAGAGAAGGAGGAGGGUCAAGUGAGGCAGAGAAGGGGAAGAGGGGAGGAGAAGGAGGCGAGGGAAGAGACGCGAGGACACGAGGAGGCGAGGGAAGAGACGCGAGGACACGAAGAGGCGAGGGAAGAGACGCAAGGACACGAGGAGGCUCCUCCGGGUGACAUCCGACAUGUCGUCUACGUCCACGCCGACGGCCUGACCACGGAGAGCUCGCUGCCCGCGGGGUCGGGGCAGGAGCUGGUGGAGGUGGUCAUAUCGGAGGGCCCGGAGCAGUGCAUUGUGGUCCACGGGCAGCAGACGGUGGGGGAGCUGCUGAUCUUACAGGAGGAGGCGGGCGGACUCUGCUCGGUGGCGCAGACGGUGGAGAUAAACACAGUGUAGACUGGUGGCUUCCACAGGGCAGACGUUUCAGAGGCUUCAGGGUCACACGGAUGUUUCAGAGGUCACACGGACGUUUCAGAGGCUUCAGGGUCACACGGAUGUUUCAGAGGUCACACGGAUGUUUCAGAGGUCACACGGACGUUUCAGAGGCUUCAGGGUCACACGGAUGUUUCAGAGGUCACACGGAUGUUUCAGAGGUCACACGGACGUUUCAGAGGUCACACGGAUGUUUCAGAGGUCACACGGACGUUUCAGAGGUCACACGGAUGUUUCAGAGGUCACACGGAUGUUUCAGAGGUCACACGGACGUUUCAGAGGCUUCAGGGUCACACGGAUGUUUCAGAGGUCACACGGAUGUUUCAGAGGUCACACGGACGUUUCAGAGGCUUCAGGGUCACACGGAUGUUUCAGAGGUCACACGGAUGUUUCAGAGGUCACACGGACGUUUCAGAGGUCACACGGACGUUUCAGAGGUCACACGGACGUUUCAGAGGCUUCAGGGUUUUAUUCGUAUUGGGACCCGGUCAGCCAGACCACAUGCUGAGGGCGUCCUUUUCUACUACUGACAAAAAUAUAUAUACCUGAUUUUGCUGCUUAAAAAUAAAAACACUUUUAAAUAAAAACAUUGCGGGGGAAUUUCAUUGUGAAGAAUUUGUAAGAAAAUGUGUUUAAUGUGCAGCAAAAAAUAAAUGGUGGACUUCUAUUUUGAAGGAUUACCAAGAAAUGUGUUCAUCGCAGAAUUAGCGCAGCUUUGUUAGCGGCUACUCAAAACAAGUCUAAUACCGCGGGGAGGAAGAGUGAGCCGCAAAGAAUUACU